GUGAUCCCGCCGCCGCCGUGCGUCUCUCUAACCAGCUGCUGGCUCUGGAGGCAGACGUGACGCUGCGCAGCCGCUGGACCAACAUGAAUGCUCUCCAUUACGCAGCUUACUUUGACGUCCCCGAACUCAUCCGGAUCCUCCUCAAGGCCUCCAAGCCGAAAGUUCUCAACUCGACGUGCAAUGAUUUCAACCACGGAACAGCCUUACACAUCGCUGCUUCGAAUCUCUGUUUGGGGGCUGUGAAGUGUCUUCUGGAACAUGGGGCGAACCCCGCUGUCAGGGUGGGCACCUUGCGUUUCUGUGGCACGACCGAGUUUGCCAGCGGCCAGUGGGUUGGCGUAGAGCUGGACAAGCCUGACGGCAAGAACGAUGGCAGCGUGGGUGGCAUCCGCUACUUCAUUUGCCCACCAAAGCAUGGGCUGUUUGCUUCGGUGUCCAAGAUCUCCAAAGCAGCUGACCAAACCCCGUCGGUCACCUCCACCCCACGGACCCCCCGCAUGGAUUUUUCCCGCAUGACAGCCAAAGGACGCAAAGAGAAGGACAAGGACCGGAAAGGUGCUCUUUUGAGAGGGGGAUGCAGAAGCACCCCCCACACACACUUUCCCCCUGGCAGCUGGCAGAGCCCGGAGAAUGGCUUCUUCCCUCCGAUUUGA